GUUGAAAAAUUAGGAAGAGCAAAAGAAGUUACAGCACACCGUUGGAAACAUGCAAACAUCUGCCGGACCGAGGGCGCGGUGUGCUAACAACUUGCUGCUUGCUCAUCAGCAGACAGGCGAUACCAUUGCAACGUGACUUUCCAGUUAUCUCCCAUAACAUCUGAGAAAAAUAUUUCCUGUUCAUUUCAAAGUGAUAGUGUACUAUGAACAGAAUCAAUAGAAAGAAAAUAUUGAAGUUGUAGAAGCAAGGAAGAGCUGAAGUGAGUUGGCAUGGCAAGGCUGAUUAGAAUCUUCCAGGCCCUGAGAAGGCACAAGAAGAAGACAGUAUUCUUCUCUGCCGUGCUUGGUGCUGGCCUGAACUAUGCACAUGAGAAGUACAAGGAGAACAACAUGAUGCGAGAACUGUGUGAAGAAGCCAUGAGCUAUGGGGAGAUGUCUCGGCCCCUUGGGGAACCUGACCGACACAUUACAGUGCUUUUGAAUCCUGCUGCACAGGAUGGGAAAAGCAAGGCUAUGUUUGACAAGUACUGUGCUCCAUUGCUGCACCUGGCUGGCCUGAAGGUUGCAGUGGUACGGACGGAGCACGAGGGCCAGGCGAGGGACCUGAUGGCCAUCAUGGAGAAAACCAGCGGUGUGGUGGUAGCUGGUGGGGAUGGCACCCUGGCUGAGGUUCUGACUGGCCUCCUUCGCCGUCCUGAUCACAAAGAGGCAUCACGCAAGUUCCCCAUUGGUAUACUGCCUCUUGGAAGUACCAACACUGCAGCCUCUGCCAUCUGGGGCUUCAUGGGAGCAUCAAAGCCAAUACACCUUGCAGAAGCUACCAUGGCUGUUGUGAGGGACUUGCGAAGGCCCCUUGAUGUCAUGGAAAUUACUCCCCAUAAGGCAGCAGGACAGGAAGAGACACCACAAUCUGUGUUUGCUGCCUCUGAAGUGGUGUGGGGAGCCCUCAGGGAUGCUGCUACUCGCAAAGACAACUACUGGUACUGGCCUGGUGUCAAGAAAUACAUGACCUAUGUUUUCUCCUCCUAUAAGGACCUUUCCUGGGACUGUUCGGCGGAGGUGGAGUACAGUCUGCCUUGCUCAGGGUGCUCCAGGUGCCGUGCCCAGAGCCAGCUGGAGGUCAAGACAGGAGACUCCAGUGCACAAGAACCAAAAAGACGAUGGUGGAUGAAUUAUCUUCCUAGAACGAAACCUGUAGUUCAAAAGAAGGAGAGUGAGGAUGAUGAACCAGACUACAGCCUCAUCACUAAUGAAUCGUGUGGGGAGCAACAUCAUCUUUCUCUUGGUAGGGCGUCUGAAGUUGUGGUGAUGACACGUAACACACCACAGUCCUCCAACACACCUCCUUAUGCGCUUGCUUUAAGAACAGGUGUGGAGGACAUUGGUGCUAUGGAUUUCAUCAGUGAAGGAUGGAACAGGGAAUGGAGUGGGGUGAGGAAUUAUGUUGAGGAGAGACUAGUUGGGCAGGUCUCUAUUUCUCCUACAGCCUCCACCACCAAUGAGCAGGGUGAAGAGAGGGAAUUGAGCAUUGACAGUGAAAACUUUGAGGUUCGUCCCAUGACAAUACGACCACGCCCCAAGGCAGUGACCAUCUUUGCUGUACCCAGCACUCCACUGGUCCAGGCUGCCUCUUAGGGGAUCCAGCAUCUUCUAAUCUAUCUGUUGAGACUCUGUGUGUAAUCUCAGAACAAUGUAAAUUUGUAUAUGUGUCAUUACCCAAACAUUGAUAGUAGUUUUGUGUCAGAAAAAAAUUGUUCUUAUUCAGGUUGUAUGGAUGGACUGAAGAAUAUGCAAAUUAAUUUAUUCAGUAUGACAGAACAAGAUUUAGCAAGGGUUCUCCAUAUAAGCAAAGCUAAGCCUUCCUUAGAUUUAGACAUCUAUUUGUACUGUACAUAUUAUGUAAAUGCAAUAUUUCCUGGCAUGUAAAGUGCACCUGUUCAUAAGAUAGUGCACCAGUAUUUGACAAGGAUAUACUGUGUUGGGGAAUAAACACUUUUUAUGAUGUCUGUUCAUUGAUAUAUACAUUUAAAGGGAUAUUGUGGAAGGAAACACAUGAUGUGAAAGUAGAUGUAAUGAUUAUAUGAGAAUUGGCUACACCUCA